GGAGAGCGGCGCAUGCGCAGGCUCGGUGAGUCGCUGGAGAAGGGGAGAGCGACCCGGGGAUGACAUGGAGCGAUGGAGUCUCAUCGGUGUCGUACUGUCGGUCAGCCUGACAGUGCGCUGGGCAGUGUCUCUGAAUCCUUACUCAGGUGCUGGGAAACCUCCUAUGUUUGGAGAUUAUGAAGCUCAGCGACACUGGCAGGAGAUUACCUACAAUCUACCCAUCCGUCAAUGGUAUUUCAAUACAAGCAGCAAUAAUCUGAAGUACUGGGGCCUUGAUUAUCCACCUCUGACUGCUUAUCAUAGUCUAAUUUGUGCAUAUGUAGCUAAGUCAAUAAAUCCUGAAUGGAUUGCCCUUCAUACAUCUCGUGGUUUUGAAAGCCUUGGGCACAAGAUAUUCAUGCGAGCAACAGUGUUUGUUGCAGACCUUGCUGUAUAUAUUCCUGCGAUCCUCUGUUACAUUCAUCAUUGUGAAGGACCAGAGAGGAAGAAGAUAUCAUCUAUGCUGUGUGCAUUGCUGUACCCUGGACUCAUUCUUAUCGACCAUGGCCAUUUUCAAUAUAACUCUGUCAGUCUGGGUCUUGCCUUGUGGGGGUUAUUGGGCCUAUUAUUUGACCGCGUCCUAUUUGGCUCUGUGGCAUUUUGUCUGGCUCUUAAUUAUAAGCAAAUGGAACUUUACCAUGCACUGCCUUUCUUCUGCUACCUCCUUGGAAACUGCUUAAAGAAAGGUCUCAAAGGUGAAGGGUUGAUACGGUUGAUCAAAAUUGCCAUAGUUGUGCUGAUUUCAUUUGCCUUUUGCUGGCUACCCUUCCUCACCAGUCUCCAGCAGUCCCUGCAGGUGCUUCAGAGGCUUUUUCCAAUUGACAGAGGCUUGUUUGAGGAUAAAGUCGGAAAUGUGUGGUGCAGCUUAUCAGUGUUUUUGAAGGUGAAGAAGGUUUUAGCUCCUGCAACCCAGGUUUGGCUCAGGAUGAGAUUCCAGAUAGGCUGGCCAAGAAAGAAAAACCAAAAGGAAUAAUAAUUUAUAGCAAGUAUGUAUUUAUUAGAAUGCUGUUAUUUUUCUCACAACUAAGCUAGGACUACAGCACACAUUAAACAUAACAUUUACCACAACCUACUCAUUUA